UGAUCAGAUUUUUGGUGUGAAUAAUUAUUCUUUUACUUUACCAGGUCGCUGCGGUAUAAUUUGAAUGAUGACGGCCGCUGAGGAUGUAUCCCUUCCUUCGCUUACCUUUCAACUGGAGCUGUUUCCAGAGACAUCAGGAACAAUUGCAUUGUUUGAAGAUGUGAUGAAUGUCACUGACCUGAAGGCAAUGUUGAUCAACAAAGAGCUUGAUGCUGUGAUGCUGUCUCCAAAAAUGUUGGUGAGCCCAUUCCAGAUAAUGGUAGCAGUGAACAAGGCACUCCAUGUCCAUGCCACAGGCCAUGCAAUAACCAGGACGGUUAAUUCCGAAAUCAUCUACAGUCUGUCUCCAUCCACUAAUAUCAGUGAAUCCUUUAAGGUGUUUGCCAUGGGAUCUACUGACACAUCGGUGGUAGUGAUUGUUUUAGAUGAUCCUGAUCAAACCAAGCUGAAGUGCAUUGCUGCAAAGAUUGAAGGGGUCUGUGUUCCUCUAGCUCAACUCUCUACACAUACAGAUGAAAUCAUGAUCAAGAAGAAAUACUCUAUCAGUAAAGCAGAGCUUUCAGUAGGUUCUCUAGAAGAUGCUGUGAUUUGCAAAAUGGCAUCGAGUGAUCUCUCCUGACAAGUCAAAUGAUUUCCAAUUUUUGGACAAGAAUU